AUGAGUUCCUUGAAGGAUCGUGGCCAAGAUGGCACGAGCACGGAUGGCGUUUCAGGUGAUGAUUUCCCAGAACACGAAGCCCCCGGUGGUACCCAGGAGGCCGGAAGCAAGUAUGAAGGCGCUGGAAAUAACCCGACUUUCAGCUUAGCCGGUCCUGGCGCGGAUAACCCGGCUAGUAAUGCAUACAUUGGCGACCAGUAUAUGGCAUACCAUCCGCAAUAUGGAAAGCAGGGUGAGAACCCUACGUGGAGCUUGGCUCAGCCGCUUCCUCAUAUUGUUCGACCUGGUAUGCAGCACGGUGCACUGCCAGAAGAUCAGAAAGAGGAUGAAGAGAGUAUGAAAAAUGGACAUGGGGCCGCUGGUCAUCAUGCACAGGAUAAACCUGAAGAUGGAUUCUUCAAUAGCUGGAGUCGAAUCCGUCAUUAUCUUCGGGAACCAUUGGCUGAGUGGCUUGGGACAACCGUAGCAAUGACAAUCGGACUAUGCGCAACAUUAUCAAACUUCACCUCAUCCGGCCAAGCAGGAAGUUACACCUCGCAAAGCAUAGCCUGGGGCUUCGGAUUCAUGGCAGCCAUCUACAUCACCGGUGGUAUAUCAGGAGGCCACCUAAACCCCGCCUUCUCAAUCGCCAUGUCUGUAUUCCGAGGCUUCCCGGCCCGGAAAUGCAUCCAAUAUAUAGCCGCGCAACUCCUCGGAGCCAUCACGGCCGGCGGAAUUGCCUAUGCCAUCUACCACGACGCGAUCCUCGAAGUCGUCGCAACGUCAAACCUGCCACAGAAUGCCAGCGUCGCUGCCACAGCCAUGAUCACGGCGCCGAAAUCUUUCGUGCAUCCCGCUACGGCGUUUUUCACGGAGUUUCUUGGCAGCGCGAUCUUGUUCGGCGCUAUUGUUGCCCUUGGUGAUGAUACCAAUGCCCCCCCCCGGUGCGGAGACUUCGGUCCACGACUUGUUGCCCUCAUGGCUGGAUGGGGUGGACAGCUGUUUCGAGAAUAUCAUGCAUGGUGGGUGUGGGGACCGUGGUGUGCUGAUAUUACUGGUGCGCUGUUUGGCGCCUUCAUCUACGAUUUGGCGAUCUUCACUGGUGGUGAAAGUCCCAUCAAUUAUCCUCCCCGUCGACGGAAGAGGGCUUGGCGCGUGCGGAAGCUCAAUCUGAGGAAGAAACUUGGUCUCGGACCCAGGAAGAAGACUAAGGAUCUAGAGAAUUCUGUUUCCGAGGUUAAUAGCUGA